AUGGCAUUUCCAAAUAUUUCCAACAUACUUUUUCAUAACAAUCGUGUUUAUAUUUGGAUUAUUUUUUGUAAUUUAUAUGGGCUUUAUUGGCUUUUGUUUAUACAUCCUUAUAUUUUUAAUGGAUUGACUUUUGAAUAUUUAUUUGAUCCUUUAAUUGGAUAUAAAGAUUUUAGAAUGGAAUUAUUUAAAGAAGAUUUAAGAGAAUUUACUAUACACAACACAAUUUUGGCUAUUGGUUCACCAAUAAUUUAUUCAAUUUUUUCACUUUGCGUUUUCUUCAAAGCCCGUGAAUUAAUUGAUAAUGUUUCGAAGGAAGAGAAAAUGGUUUUUAUUCAAGUAUUUAUUAUUUCAAUGUUCAAUACAUCAGCAGCAUUUGCCUAUGCUUACAAUAUGAAUCAUCCUGAUCACGGAAUCUUUCCGUUGAUGGUUGCACAUUUUGCUUGGUAUAAUUAA